UAUUUUUAGCAUAUUGUCACAAGCAGGCGGAGCUUAAGGAUGCUUCAGACGCAGGGAUGCGAGAGAUAGCAGGUGGAGACAUAGCUGGGUGCCAGAAAAUAGAUAAAUUGGUAGAGAUAAUAUCACAUCACCUUGGAGGAUUAAGAAAAAUGUACAUCUUCAGACGUUCAUUUUGAUGCGAGGGAUUGUGAAGACGGCCCUGAUCUAACGCGAAAGGCGCCUGCUGUAUUGCGUAGCUAGAGGCUGCGACGAUGUGAUUUCAUCAGUGGGACAGCGGCUCAAGCCUUCUCUCGGUAACCUGAUAUUAUGCAGGGUACGGAGGCUACUGUAAGCAUUACAUUUGAACAAAGCAUCGGUGUACAAAACAAUCGUCGAUCUGGCAGCCAAACAUGGUGGACCCCUCGGAGGCUGACGAUCAGAGCAAGUGCAAAGGCCCCCAGCUGGAGGCCCCUCCCUUGGCCCCUGAGGCCCCCAGACUCCCCAACCAAGCGGAUGGCCGGGCGGCAGAGGAGGAGGGGGCCGGGGAGGGCCUGGGAGAGCCCACCCCCUCUGCCAAGCAGGGGGAGGGCACUGCUGAGUCAGCCCGGCCAGAGACGGGCACCCAGAACGGCCAACCACAGAGCCUCGCUGAGCCGGAGCCCGCCCCUAAGCUGCACCUGGACCUGUACAACUUCGACUCUCCUCUGGCGGAGGGCAGCCGCUACGUGCUGACCAGCCCUCGCUCCCUGGAGGCGUGCGCCCGCUGCGGGGUGAAGCCCGUGGAGCUGCUGCCGCGCCCGCUGGCCGACUUUGCCCACGAGGCGCCGGGGCGCUCCAUGCGCGUGGCGACGGGGCUGUUUGAGGUCUACGAGAGGGACAGGCACGCCAAACUCCGCCAGUGCAGGGAGGAGAGAGAGAGGAUCGUCAGAGAGGAGAAGAGGAGGAUCUUGCAGGCUGCCGUCAACGGCAACAGCAGCUCCUCCUCCGUGGACCACAAGGCUCCGGUCGACUCCAGAUCCUCCCCUGGUGCCCCCGUUCCCCCCUCUAAACCGGCCCCCAGCACCUCUGGCUUAUUCUCUGGGGCUGCCUCAGCCUCUAAGGCCAGCACAGCCUCUGGCCUCACCAGCUCCUCUCUGGCCUCGAAAACGAGCUCCAUCACCUCAGUGUCGACCUCCAAGAGUGUGUCCUCUGCCAGGCUUUCGAAGGCCUCCGCCCCAGAGAAAAUGAAAGCUCCUUUCAACAGUCAGGGCCCGGCCACGCGUCCAGCGUCCACCGGUCCACCCCCCGUGGUCCGAAAGACCCCCAGCAGUUCCAAGUCCUCAAAUACGUUCCCCAGAGCAGCGUCCAAGCCCUCGUCCUUCCCUAGGAUUGGGGUUUCAGCCUCAUCCUCAUUGUCCAAGUCAGCCAUUCAGAGCCCCGUCACCCCAAGUGCUGCCCCCGUCAACGGUGUCCGACCUGGGCCCUUCUCACUGCACAAUGGACACCUGAAGCCCAAGGGCAGAGGAAGAAGCCAUUCCAUGGAGUCUCUUCAGAGGAGGAUGGACACCAUGUGCUCCUCCACCUCCACCACCACCACCACCACCUGCACCUCCUCCGAGUCCGGAGCCUCCUCCUCCUACAGCUGGGAGGGACCCCGGGACCACUGGGCCAAGGUCUCCAGCCCCCGCGCCCGCACCCUGGCCACCUUCAACUCCCUGAUGGGCCGCAGCCUGAGCCUGGGUGACCUCAGCCACUCGCCCCAGACCACCCAGAAGGUGGAGCGCAUCGUGCGGGAGGUGAGGCGGCGGGGCCUGAAGGCGGUGCCGGAGCGCGACCGCAAGAUCGCGGCGCUGAUGCUGGCCCGCUACCAGGAGGAGGACAUCAUGAGCCAGACGCGCUACGUGGCGCACCUGCAGUGGGACAGCGAGCGGCGCCUGGACGAGCUGCGCCGGGGGCAGGAGGACCGCGAGAAGCAGCGCGCCGUGCUGCAGUGCCAGCGGGCAUGGCAGUGCCAGGUGUCCACGCGCCAGCGCCGCCUCAGCCAGCAGGAGCGGGACUCGUCGGCGGCCAAGCUGCGGCAGGCGGCCGAGAGCGAGGAGCGCUGGAGGGGGCAGGCGGAGCAGCAGGAGCGGAGCCGCCUCCAGAAGCUGCAGCAGGGGGCCAGGGAGGAGAAGCAGAAGAAGGCCCUGCAGGAGCAGAACCUCCGGGCCCUGGAGGAGGAGCGCGCCGCCGUCCUGGAGCAGGAGAAGCUGCUGCUGAAGGAGAAGCUCACCAUCGCCGAGCUGAAGAGGCAGGAGAAGGAGCACCAGGCGCAGGAGGAGAGGCGGGGCCUGAACCGGGCCGAGAAGAGGCGCCACGCCGCCCUCAUCCAUGAGAUCGCCCGGCGGGAGGAGGAGGAGAGGGAGGAGUCCCGGCGGGCCGCCGAGGAGAAGCUGAGCCGCUCUCUGGAGAACUACGAGCAGAUCGUGGAGCGCCGGGGCCUGGAGCUGAAGGAGAAGGGCAAGCGCGAGGAGAAGCAGAUCCAGAAGGCCCGGAAGGCCGCGGAGAAGCGGGAGAAGCAGCAGAGGCAGCAGGUGGAGGCCCGGGCCAAAGAAGCGGAGAAGCGCUCCCAGCAGGCGGUCUUGGUGGCGGAGGAGCGCUCCAGGGAGAAGGCCCAGAAGGCCGUGCAGAGCCGUCAGGAGAAGGAGAGGCUGCAGAGGCUCAACAGGCAGCGCGUGGAGGAGGAGGAGCAGCAGAGGCGACUGGAGCUCCUCCAGUCCAUCGAGAAGAAGCUGGAGAAAAGCGAGCAGAUCUUCAGGGAGAAGAGGGCCGUGCUGGAGAGCGCUCGCUCCGUGGCCAGAGCCUCGUUCCACGUGCGCGACAGGGUGAGGGAAGAGACCAACAUGCGCACCUUUGACAAGAUGGCCCUGGAAGCUCAGCUCAAAGCCAGCCUGGAUGAUAAGUAAACAGGCGUCCAUCUCAAGGACUACCAUCUACCACCAGUCAUGCGCUUACAGCCUCCAUCCCAUGUUUCAUCGCUGGACCACAGUUUCAGACCGUCUCAUGUGGAGUUAUUGAUCCCUGUGUGUUUCCUCCUCUCCCCAAAACACAUCUUUAUUGAAAGAUUUGCAUUCAACUUGAAUCAUUCCCUUGGUUAUUGACAUAUCUUGAAGUAUAUCAACUUCAUCAAAUAUAAACCAAAAAAAAAUGGUAUUAUUUAAGUGGAAGUACUGGGACAAAUGUACUUGUGGAAGAUGAACAAUUUGCCUGUACAAGACUGUAACAUGAGAGAGUUGCCCAGUGAAGUAAAACCAAUGCUCCUCAUGUCUCCCUGGUUGCCCGAGCUGCAGGACUGAAAGCUGAGCAGGAAUGAAAGGAGUCAUUGUUAACCAGGAAGCACAACUCCAUGACAACUGCAGAGGCUCCUUACAAAGAAACUCCUUUAGGGUGGGAAAUAAGAGCAAAGAUGGGGGGUUGGUAAAAGGUUGGAGAGCCCCGAGGAAAGGAGAGAGGUUUUUGUCUGCUGUGACGCAGAUUGAGAGGCAGAGUGCGUUUGUUGUAAUCCCGGGACUGGCGCUGUGUUUACCUUAGUGCUGACAGUGCAGCUGUACACGGUGACAUCAUGUAAGAGGCGUCAGCACUGGCCUGCUGCUGAGGAAGACAGAAGAAGACCUGAUCCGGCCGUCUAGGCUGUUCUCCCCCUCCCAGACUCCCCCCUCUCCCCCCGUCCUUGUCCCUGUUUUCAGUCAAGUCAAAUAUCAGGAAACCGUCAAGUGCUCAAGAGGACCGCGUCCACCCCCCACACCACCCCCCCCCCCCCCCCCCAGACACCAGACAGCUCAUCCAUGUUAAGGUGAACAGGACCCUGGAAGAGAAGAACAUUGUGGUGUCAUCAUCUCCCGUGACCUUCAGACCGCUGGACUGUCCCCUCAGAACACUUCACCCUGCCUACCACCCCGCAGUGUCCUCCUGGAGGACCCAGCCUCGCCAACCACCCAGCCUCACCGACCACCCAGCCUCACCGACCACCCAGCCUCGCCAACCACCCAGCCUCACCAACCACCCAGCCUCGCCAACAGCCCAGCCUCACCAACCACCCAGCGUCAACAGCAACAACAACAAGGCUUGUAGUUUGGUCAGCACAAGGAUAAUUUGUUCCUCAGAUCAUUCCCUUGAAACAUGUCGGUACAUUUUUCCUCAGAGUUCAUUUCCCACGUGUAAAUUGUAGUAAGAUGCCUGCUUUUGCUUUCUGUUGUGGUGUUACAUUGUUGUGGACAGAAUGUGAAGGUUUGGAGCAGUGGAGUGGUUUUUGUUUUACAUCUGUUUCAUAUCAAAGACAUAUCAGAUUUUUUUUUUUACUGCAAACUCGUUAUUUUCAUCAACUUGGACGGAUGGAUGAAACCCUGUAAAACCACACAAUCUGUGUAAAUACAAUCAAAUACAAGGAAAAUAAAUGAAAACAUGUUUUCGA